UCUUCGUCACCUGACUCGGUCACAUGACCUGCUUGCAGACAUGGCUGCGCCCAGUGAGCCGGAUUCCCCCGUUGCUCUCCGCCGCCUGUGCCUGACGCUGCUGCUGCUCGGGCCGGGGCUGGCGGGGGCAGAUUGCGGCUGUAACUCCGCUCAGCGGGCCGGCGGCGCUCACACUCACCACCAAGGGGCGGCCUACAGAUACUCCCGGGAGGCGAACGAGUCACCCCUGCCAGAGGAGCCCCUGGCCGGGCAGAGGGAAAAUAUGGUGUUGCUCCCCUCAGGGGUAUUUACAAUGGGAACAGAUGAGCCGGGUAUCCCAGUGGAUGGGGAGAGUCCUGCCCGCAGAAUUCAUAUUGAUGCCCUUUAUAUGGAUAAACAUGAAGUCAGUAACUCGGAAUUUGGAAAGUUUGUCACAGCAACUGGUCAUGUGACAGAGGCAGAGAAAUUUGGAGACUCGUUUGUGUUUGAAGGUCUGAUAAGUGAAGAGGUGAAAAGUGGCAUUGAUCAGGCAGUCGCCGCAGCUCCCUGGUGGCUCCCGGUUAAAGGGGCAGACUGGAGGCACCCGGAAGGACCGGACUCUAGUAUAUCAGACAGAAUGGAUCAUCCGGUUCUGCACAUCUCCUGGAACGACGCCUCCACAUUCUGCGCCUGGGCCGGGAAGCGCCUCCCAACCGAGGCUGAGUGGGAGUACGCCUGUCGAGGGGGUUUGGAGAACAGGCUCUUUCCAUGGGGCAACAAACUGGAGCCAAAAGGAGAACAUUUCGCCAACGUCUGGCAAGGAGAUUUCCCCAGUACAAACACAGGAGACGACGGUUAUGUUCGGACUGCGCCUGUCACCGCCUACCCAGCUAAUGGCUAUGGCCUGCACAACAUGGUGGGAAAUGCCUGGGAAUGGACCUCUGAUUGGUGGACUACACAUCACACGGCGGACGAGGCUUACAACCCGAAAGGUCCCAGCUCCGGGAAGGACAAGGUGAAGAAAGGGGGGUCGUACAUGUGUCACAAGUCUUACUGCUACAGGUACCGCUGUGCAGCUCGAAGCCAGAACACGCCCGACAGCUCCUCCUCCAAUCUUGGAUUCCGCUGCGCAGCCAGCGCCAGCUAGCCCGGGAAACGGAAUCGCAGAUCCCAGUAACAAGUCUCGUGACUGGACAGCAGCGUCUUACAGGGCCUGCCCCCGGGAGCACGGACACUGCUGACCCCCCCGUAAUAAGGGACCAAUGAAAAGAGGACCGCACUCCGCACGCCUUCUAUUCGCUGUACAGAAAUGAUUAUAAUAAAGUUAUUUUGUGUUUGGAA